GAGAGCCGUAUUUACGAAGCAAGAACUUGGUGAUGCCUGAGGAAAAGACAAAAGACAAUCUAGAGGAGUGUGGUCAGAAAGAUGAGGCGGGACAAGGUGGAGUGAGUAGGACACUGGGGUGACGGUGGUGACCUGGAGCUACGGGUCGUGCCUGCAUUGGCUCCUUCUGGAGCAGACUGGAUGACGGAUUUCUGUCCCUGAGUCAUGGAAGACAGAAGAGCUGAGAAGUCAUGUGAACAAGCAUGUGAAUCCCUUAAGAGGCAGGACUAUGAAAUGGCCCUUAAGCACUGCACAGAGGCCCUCCUUUCUCUUGGCCAGUACUCCAUGUCUGACUGCACAGGGCCAUGUCCACUGGAGAUAGAAAGCAUCAAAAUUGAGAGUCUUCUGUACAGAAUUGCCUCCUUUUUGCAGCUGAAAAACUAUGGGCAAGCUGAUGAAGAUUGUAGGCAUGUGCUGGGAGAAGGACUGGCCAAGGGAGAUGGUACCUUUCAAGCAGUGCUUUGCUGCAUGCAGCUUAAAGGAAAGCUCCAACCCGUAUCCAGCAUUCUUGCCAAGUCACUGACAGGAGAGUCCCUGAAUGGGAUGGUAACAAAAGAUUUGACAAGACUGAAAACACUUCUCACAGAAACAGAGACAGCAACUAGUAACGUCCUCUCUGGAUACCAUGUGGAAGACUUAGAAGAGGGAUCUUGUAAUGGUUGGCGUUUCCGCCCACCACCUAGGGGAAUCACAAGCAGCGAGGAGUAUACUUUGUGUAAAAGAUUUUUAGAGCAAGGAAUCUGUAGGUAUGGUGCCCAGUGUACUUCAGCACAUUCCCAGGAAGAACUAGCAGAAUGGCAGAAGAGAUAUGCUUCACGGUUGAUAAAACUGAAACAGCAAAAUGAGAAUAAGCAGCUCUCAGGCAGCUACAUGGAAACCUUGAUAGAAAAGUGGAUGAAUUCAUUAUCUCCUGAGAGAGUGCUUAGUGAAUGUAUAGAAGGAGUAAAGGUAGAGCAUAGCCCUGAUCUGUCCGUUACUGUCAACACCAAAAAAUCUCACCAGACAUGGACCUUCGCUCUCACUUGUAAGCCGGCAAGAGUGCUGUGCCGCGUGGCGCUGCUUUAUGAUGCUCAUCGCCCUCACUUUAGCAUCAUCGCAGUGUCUGCCGGAGACGGCGCUACCCAGGUAUCACAGGAAGUCCCAGAAAACUGUCAAGAAUGGAUAGGAGGGAAGAUGGCCCAAAAUGGAUUAGAUCAUUACGUGUAUAAAGUCGGGAUAGCGUUUAACACAGAAAUAUUUGGAACUUUUCGCCAAACCAUAGUGUUCGACUUCGGAUUGGAACCCGUUCUCAUGCAGAGAGUGAUGAUCGAUGCAGCUUCCACAGAAGAUCUUGAGUACCUGAUGCAUGCAAAACAACAGCUAGUAACCACAGCUAAGCGUUGGGAUUCUUCUUCUAAGACUAUUAUAGAUUUUGAACCUAAUGAAACUACUGAUUUGGAGAAGAGCCUUCUUAUCAGAUACCAAAUUCCUCUCUCUGCUGACCAGCUAUUUACCCAGUCCGUUUUAGACAAAUCAUUGACCAAGACCAACUAUCAGUCACGGUUGCAUGACCUUCUUUAUAUUGAGGAGAUAGCCCAGUAUAAGGAAGUCAGCAAGUUCAACCUUAAAGUGCAGUUGCAGAUUCUAGCAAGCUUCAUGCUCACUGGUGUUUCUGGAGGCGCCAAGUAUGCUCAGAAUGGACAGCUUUUUGGUCGCUUUAAGCUUACUGAAACACUUUCUGAAGAUACGUUGGCUGGACGGCUGGUGAUGACCAAAGUCAAUGCUGUUUAUUUAUUACCAGUCCGUAAAGAGAAAUUAGUACAGACCCAGGGAACCAAAGAGAAGGUUUAUGAAGCUACUAUUGAAGAAAAAACAAAAGAAUAUAUAUUUUUAAGGAUAUCCAGGGAAUGCUGUGAAGAACUUAAACUUCGACCUGACUAUGACAAACAGGUUGAACUUCAAUUUCAGUUAAAUCGAUUACCCCUCUGUGAAAUGCAUUAUGCGCUAGACAGGAUCAAGGACAAUGCAGUUUUGUUUCCAGACAUCACCAUGACUCCAACCAUACCUUGGAGUCCCAACAGACAAUGGGAUGAGCAGUUGGAUCCUCGGCUAAACGCGAAACAGAAAGAGGCUGUUCUGGCCAUUACAACUCCACUUUCAAUACAGCUGCCCCCUGUUCUCAUCAUCGGCCCCUAUGGCACAGGCAAAACCUUCACUCUAGCUCAGGCUGUCAAGCACAUUCUCCAGCAACAGGAGACGAGCAGGAUUCUCAUUUGCACCCAUUCUAAUAGUGCUGCUGAUCUCUACAUAAAGGAUUAUUUACAUCCAUAUGUAGAAGCAGGCAAUCAGGCAAGACCUCUCAGGGUAUAUUUCAGAAAUCGCUGGGUAAAGACUGUCCACCCAGUUGUGCAUCAGUACUGUUUGAUCUCAAGCGCACAUUCCACCUUUCAGAUGCCACAGAAAGAAGAUAUUCUUAAACACCGAGUGGUUGUUGUUACAUUGAAUACUUCCCAGUACCUCUGUCAGUUGGACCUUGAACCUGGGUUUUUUACGCACAUUCUAUUAGAUGAGGCUGCCCAGGCCAUGGAGUGUGAAACCAUUAUGCCUCUAGCGUUAGCAACUAAGAACACUCGGGUUGUCCUGGCUGGUGACCACAUGCAGCUCAGUCCUUUUGUUUACAGCGAGUUUGCCAGGGAGAGAAACCUUCACGUCUCAUUACUUGAUCGGCUCUACGAGCACUACCCUGCCGAGUUUCCCUGUAGGAUCCUUCUGUGUGAGAACUACCGCUCCCACGAAGCUAUCAUCAAUUACACCUCUGAGCUCUUCUAUGAGGGCAAACUGAUGGCCAGUGGAAAGCAACCAGCACACAAAGAUUUCUACCCACUAACUUUCUUUACAGCACGAGGGGAAGAUGUACAAGAAAAAAAUAGCACAGCUUUUUAUAAUAAUGCAGAGGUCUUUGAAGUGGUGGAACGUGUGGAAGAGUUAAGAAGGAAGUGGCCAGUAGCGUGGGGGAAGUUAGAUGACGGCAGUAUUGGCGUGGUAACUCCGUAUGCUGACCAGGUGUUCAGGAUACGCGCUGAACUUCGAAAAAAGAGACUAUCUGAUGUUAAUGUCGAAAGGGUGCUAAAUGUUCAAGGAAAACAAUUCAGAGUUUUGUUUCUUAGCACAGUACGUACAAGGCAUACUUGUAAACAUAAACAGACACCAAUUAAAAAGAAAGAGCAACUGCUGGAAGAUUCCACAGAGGACUUAGAUUAUGGUUUUUUAUCUAACUACAAGCUUCUCAAUACUGCCAUCACCAGAGCACAGUCCCUGGUUGCCGUGGUGGGUGAUCCCAUUGCUCUGUGCUCUAUUGGAAGAUGCAGGAAAUUUUGGGAGCGGUUUAUUGCCCUGUGUCAUGAAAAUAAUAGCCUACAUGGAAUCACUUUUGAGCAGAUCAAAGCUCAGCUAGAGGCUUUAGAACUAAAGAAGACAUAUGUGUUGAAUCCACUGGCGCCUGAAUUUAUCCCCCGGGCUCUCAGAGUACAGCACACAGGAAAUACCAACACAUUGCAGCAGUCACCCCCCAAGGGGAAAAGCCUACAUCAUAUCCAGAAUGAUCAUUUCCAGAAUGAUGGAAUUGUUCAGCCCAAUCCCUCUGUACUUAUUGGCAAUCCUAUUAGAGCAUAUACUCCUCCACCCCCUCUUGGACCUCACCCGAAUUUGGGGAAAUCUCCAAGCCCUGUUCAAAGAAUAGAUCCUCACACUGGGACAAGUAUUCUUUAUGUACCUGCUGUCUAUGGAGGGAAUGUGGUUAUGUCCGUGCCUUUACCUGUACCGUGGACAGGGUACCAGGGUAGGUUUGCCGUUGAUCCUCGAAUCAUUACACACCAGGCAGCAGUGGCCUACAAUAUGAACCUCUUACAGACACAUGGACGGGGCUCUCCCAUACCGUAUGGCCUUGGGCAUCACCCACCUGUCAGCAUAGGGCAGCCGCAAAACCAGCAUCAGGAGAAGGGUCAGCACGAGCAGAGUCGAAACGGUAAAGGUGAUACAAAUAAUCCUGGACCUGAGAUCAAUAAGAUUCGAACACCAGAGAAAAAGCCUACAGAAUCAAAACAGAUUGAUUUGGAAUCAAAUCCACAGAACAGAAGUCCUGAAUCACGUCCUGGUGUUGUUUAUCCCAAUACCAAAUUUCAUCGCAAAGAAAAUCUCAACCCAAGACACAUUAAUCUUCCUCUUCCUGCUCCCCAUGCACAGUAUGCAGUCCCCAGUCGUCAUUUUCAUCCACUUCCCCAGCUACCAAGACCACCAUUUCCAGUUCCACAGCAGCACGCCUUGUUAAAUCAGCAGCAGAAUAACUUGUCUGAACAGCCAAAUCCAAUGCCACCCCAGCCAAAUCAGGCAGUCCCGCAGCAGAAUGCGUUGAAUCAGCUGACUCAGCAGCCACCUCCUCAGCUUUCUCCUGCCUAUCAGGCCGCCCCCAGCAGUGCUUUUUUUAAUAAUGCAGUUUCUCAUCGACCACAGUCCCCUGCUGCAGAGGCUGGGAUUCCUGAGCCGCAGCCCCCUCCUCUGCUUCAGGAGGGCCGCAGUCCUCUGCGAGCCGUUGCGCAGCCGGGCCCCAUUCUUCCUUCACAUGUGAAUAACUUCGCUGAUGAGAACCCCCCAGGAUUGCCUACAGGGGAGGCUUUAGAUCGUAUGCACGGGAGCGCGGCUCUGGAGACGUUACGGCAGCAGCAGGCGCGGCUGCAGCAGUGGAGCGAGCAUCACGCCUAUCUCAGCCAGGGCGGCGUCCCUUACCCACACCAUCCCCACCCUCACCCUCACCCUCACCUCCCGCAUCUUCCCCAGCCACCCAUCGGAUUACACCCGCCCCCCAUGAGAGCAGACUGGAAGCUCCCCAGCAGUGCUGCAGAUGAAGCGGAAACAGCCGACUCGAGGUUUCAAGACUUAAUCAGAGAACUGUCUAAUCGUGAUCAAAGUGAAACACGGGAACUAGCUGAAAUGCCACCACCUCAAUCAAGACUUUUGCAAUAUAGACAAAUUCAGACUAGGAGCCCACCAGCAGUCCCCUCGCCCCCGUCCAGUACAGACCACAGUACCCACUUUUCUAACUUCAGUGACAGCAGCAGAGACCUCGAAGUAGCCAGCAACCCAGCGUUUCCACAGCGCCUGCCACCCCAGAUGUUCAGCUCGCCUUUCUCCUUGCCGUCUGAACACCUUGCCCCUCCACCCUUGAAAUACCUGGCACCUGAUGGAGCAUGGACCUUUGCUAACUUACAACAGAAUCACCUAAUGGGGCCGGGUUUUCCCUAUGGCCUACCUCCACUGCCUCCCAGGGCACCGCAGAACCCUUUUGUGCAGAUGCAGAACCAUCAGCCUGCUGUUGGUCAAGAGCCAUUCCACCCACUGUCGUCUCGAACAGUGUCGUCCUCUUCGCUGCCCAGCUUAGAAGAGUAUGAACCCAGAGGACCUGGUCGGCCCUUGUACCAAAGAAGAAUCUCAUCUAGCUCAGUCCAGCCUUGCUCUGAAGAAGUAAGCACUCCUCAAGACAGUCUUGCCCAAUGUAAAGAGCUUCAGGACCAUAAUAACCAACCUUCUUUCAACUUUUCCUCCCCGGAGUCCUGGGUGAGCACCACCUCAUCUGCCCCCUCUCCGAACAUUCCACGCAGUGGAUCCAGCAGGACCGCUCAGCCCAGAGCGCUGAUAGCUCCGCCCAAGACCGUCAAACCCCCCGAGGACCAUCUGAAGCCUGAAAACCUCGAGGGGUCCAGUUCCUUCAAUUACAGUGUCCUGCAGCAUCUCGGCCAGUUCCCCCCACUCAUGCCCAACAAGCAGAUCGUGGAGUCGGCCAGCAGCAGCGGCCAGCAGAGCUGUGGGGGCAGCAAGCCCGCCAUGUCCUACGCCAGCGCUCUGCGGGCCCCGCCCAAGCCCAGGCCCCCGCCCGAGCAGGCCAAGAAGAGCAGCGACCCUCUGUCUCUGUUCCAGGAACUCAGCCUGGGGAGCUCAUCCGGCAGCAAUGGCUUUUACUCCUAUUUUAAAUAAUCACCUUUUUUUCCUCCAAGGAGAAUGUUUUCAUUUCUGUUUGUAUCAAUAGAAUUAAGAUAGCUGGACUUCACCUGUAGAUGCACAGUUCCCUUUGUUUUAAUAUUAAAUAUGUUCUCACUUAAUUGCUUUGCUGCUAGACUUGCAACUAAUUUUUUUUAAAGCAUAUUCCAUUAUUUUGCAUUUUUGACGUAAGUCAGAAUUUUGACAGCUUUUAUGUGAAAUAAAAAAUAUUUUUAAAUUUGUGUAUUGUUACAUGUUUGCAUCAAGCUAGCAGCUAAGAGGUUAAUUGUGCAACUAUUAAAAAAAAAGAAAAAAAGUUUGUCUAAAAUGUAUUUAAAAAGAAAAAAAAUUGUAAGUAGCAUUUACAUUUAUUCAGUAAUAUUACCACAUGCUGGGUUUCUGUACCAGAAAUGGCCAGUUGAUGUAUAAAUGUAUGUUAUUUUUGCUUAAAUUCAUUGAAAAUUUUUUAAAAUAAAGGGGCAGCAUCUUCUAAAUACUUUAAGUUUUAUCAGCUUUUUUUGGUGACAAGAUGCUGCAUUCUAAAACUUUUAUAGUUUUAGACUAUGUAUGAUGUGCUGUCGUAAUCUCCAUCCACUGUAGGGUAGAGUUAAAGGCAUUCUUUGCAGGUGUAUUUCGUAUGCCACUGUUUUUGUAAUAGGAAAAAAACAGUGGCAUACUUAGUUGUCUUUUGGACAAGCUACACUUCAAGCUUGUUUUUAAUGUUACUUUGAUAGUGUGUUUUUUUUUUUAAACAAAUCAUGAAGCUGAAAAAUUUUUAGGAUUGUUGGUGCUUAGUAGACUUGAUAACUAUUUUAAAAAUGCGUGAAUUUAGUAGAAUCUUCUUUUCCUCACUAUGCAUGUGUAAGUGUUUGUGAUCUGGCUCCCCUCCAGGGGGAUAAGGAAUUGUGCCGCUUUAAGGUUUCUUUUCCCUCCAGUAAAAAUUUUGGUACCUUUAUUUGAUGUUUACAUUAAAAUGUGACAUUAUACAUGGCAAUUCAGAUAUUUUGCUAACUGUUUUGUUUGAGGAACAUCCUUACAGAAGAAAUAUAAUGUUUGUCAAAGAUGUAUCAAAAUUCAUCAGAAUCUGAGGCAACAAACUACCCUGUUUUCAUGUCUUUUGAUUCUUCUGAAAGAACCCCACUGAACUUGUACAAAAAUAUAAAAUUGGAACAGCUAUCUUAAAUAUUCUACAGUCUAAACCUUGUUUUGAAUGAACUUUGGUAAAAUCCAAAGGAAAGUGUGUACCCUCUUAAACCUUGUGGUCUUGUAACACUUUUGAAGCAGUGCAUGUCCACAUUGUUUUCCUGAUCUCGUCGUACUACUUUUAUACUUCAGAGGUAUCUUGAAACUUUAAUAUGACCUUUUUAAAAGAAAUAAACACUGAGGUUGGGAAACGCUGCGAACCCUGAAUGGAUCCCGAGGGUCCGUUCACACCCGUCUCUGGACGACGGCCUUCGCGAGGCCGCCCGGUACCCACAGCCCGUCUCUAACACAGGGUUGAGUGGAGGGUAAAGAGGAGCUCCUGCGACAGAAGUUUAGUUGGUGCUGGCCAGCAGCAGUCCCCGCAGCCCUCAGACAGAUUGGGAGAAGAGAGUGCUGAGCUGCAGGCAAACGAAGAGAGCCUCACUCACGGCUCUCUUCCUGCCCGGAGCGCAGUUCACGUUGCAGGCUGCAGGCCUCUGUGCAGGCAGCAGCUGUAGGCGUGUAGGCUGUAGACAUGUUAGUAGUUAGUGUGCAUCGCAGUUGGAAAGCGGAGCCAGCAAGGGACAGCGCCUCAUUUUCUGCGUGUGAUGUCAGAUUUUACUCAACAUCCUUUAAUCACAAGAAAAGAAGAAAAAAAUGUGCGGUAUAGCUGUGUAUCUCCAACUCUGACAAGACUCAAGAUGUAGCCCAAAUGAAAAUGAGACCCCCCUAAUGUGAGGAUGUCGAUGAAAAAUAAUGUCCUUGUCAAUGAUAAUUCUCCUGCCCUGAAAAUAGGCAGGACUGUGACACAAGCCAGGUAAAUGGUUGAAAGCAUGUGAAUCUUACGAAGACAGGACUGUCACAUCAGGUCUGUCACUUAACCCUUUGUCAUGAGGUAAUUGCCUGAUUAUGUUUUCCAUACUUGAACCUUUAAAAAGUAUCAGUUUUAAAAUUAUUUAAAUGUGCCCACCCCAUCGCCUUAUAUAAGUAUAUUGAUGAUGGAAGCUUUGCGUAAGGAAGCUGUUAAGUUGUUGUGACUUUGCUGUUCUAAGCAGUUAUUUCUAAAAAACUAAAAAUAGUAGCUACUUCUUAGUCCACUGGUUUGCUGAGAACGUCUGCGUGUUCCUCGUUUCCUUGUUGUUUCUACAGCCGGUCAAGGAUUCGAAUGUCGUUUCCGCCUUUUAACAGGCUUACUCCUCAGCUUUGCUUGAUGCCAUCUUUCCAGCUGUGCUUUAAAUGUUACGUAGGCAUAAAAUCUUGUAACGGUUUUGAGAAAGUCUUACUGCAAGAAUCAUUGCAAGUUGCCAUUGAAAUGAGGUGUGGCUUCUGAGUACUGCUCAUGCUGUUGGGUGUAACUUGGGUAGUAUUAGCAAGUGCCCACAAAUCAGACUUGUAAAACAACUUAGAGUCAACCCUCCGUAUCUGCAGGUUCCAUGCCCACAGAUUCAAUGAAGCGUGAAUCAAAAAUAUUUAAAAAGAAAAAAAUUCCAGAAAUUUCCAAAAAGAAGAACUUGAAUUUGCCACACGCUGGCAACUAUUUGCAUAACAUUCAUAUCGCAUCAGGUUUUGUAAGUGAUCUAGAGAUGAUUUAACGUGUACAGGAGGGUGUGUGAAAGUUACGUGCAGACACUACGUCAUUUUAUGUGAGGGCCGUUUGAGCAUCCUUGGAUUUUGGUGUUCCUGGGGGUGCUGGAACCAGUCCCCCACAGAUACUGAGGGAUGACUAUAUUUUAUACACUAGGUUUAACCUUAGAGUUCAGAUGGAACUUUUUUGUUUCAGGCUUGAUGUUAGAUCUGGGAUAAUACCAAGCAUUACCAACUUCCUUUUCUUCCAAAACAGAUUUCUUCUAAGUGAGGCUAAUUGUUCACAUGAUGUCUUUCUACUUCUUUGUUCUUUGUAGCACUCUGAAGUUUCCAUUUUCUUGGCAGAACUGCUUUUUAUUCUUUUUUUUUUUUAAUUUCAGUGCUAUUGAGAUUUUUUUUUUUUACAUUAAAGAAAUUCUUUGGGGUGAUAGAAUUUGUAGAGUUUUCGUGCUAAUUUUUUUUAAAAAUGAAUUUCUAUUAAGAUUUGAAGAGCCUCAUUCAGUGUAACAUAGAUAUUUUCUGGUGUGUUUUUAAAAGGGGUUUUGGUUGCCAUUUUGGCAUAACAUGCUUUGCCAAAUUGUUAUAGCAGAGCUUUGUUUUUGAUUAAUCAGUAGUUAAUUAUUGACCAUUUAAACAACAUGACCUUCAUUUUCCUUUCCUCAGACAGAUAUGCUUUCUGUCCAUAUCAUUUCGUAUGUAUGAAAUAACCACUUUGUGUGGUUUUUUUCAUCAAAGAUUCUAGAAUAAGUUUGAGUUUGGUGUAAACAUCAGUUGGUCUUUUCAGUCCAAAGAAUUGCAGAAUAAGUAAAAUAAGCAGAAUUCCCACUGAGUAAGCAUUACCUAAUUAAACAUAGAAAUCUCCAGGACCUGUUUGUGAAAAAGAGUUUUCCUUAUUUAUGGAGGCAUUGAAAUUGCUGAGAAAGCUGAGUUUCCUGACUUGAGAUAAUUAAUAUACGGUAUUAUCUUCUCUAGUAUACUUGAUUUUCCAUGUUUAACAUAUACAUCUCAAGAGCAAAGCUGUAAACAUAUAAGAAUAUAUCUCUAGCUACCUUGACUAGAGGGAGUCCCCUUGCCUGAGAGCCAGGGUGUGAAAACCAGUUUCAGGAUAAAUGUUAGAUUUCAGCUAUUGUUGUUAAGAAAAUUAAAUUCACUGACAUCGCCCUUUUAAGAAGAGACACCUGUUAUCCUUAGAUAGAAUGCUUUCAUAACUGGAGUUGUUUUACAAAAGAGAACCCAGAAGAAGCCUACAAAAAUACAAGAUGAAACCUUUAUGUUGAAAGAUACACAUUGCUCCCUUAGAUGUAUUUAGGCUCUCUGGUUUUUCUUCUAGCUCCACACAGGUAGUAAUUUGUCUGUCAUGCUUUACCAGAUGUUGCUUCUUGCUAACCAUCCCUUUAACACGCGAGAGCCCUCAGUCUCUGCCACCUAGACCUGAGAGGACAUGUGUUAACGUGUCUGAUUGUUUGCUCCACAAACUAUGUAGCAACUGGAAGUAACAGGUCACGUUCUAACUAUGACUUCUUGUUCAGAGUAUCACUUAGAGAUGUCCGUCACAUAUUACAAGGAUAUCAGGAAAGAGGAAGUGGCAUGUUAGUCUUCAAAGUGCUCAUUGCAUUAGGUUUCUCAAAUUCUCCUACUUGGGGUUGGAUAUUUAUCUGCUGAGAUUUCACUGUAAAGCUGCUGAAUUCACGCUCCUUUCAUACCCAUUUAAUUAUCAGUUUCAGGACCACUGUUACAAGGAGUGACUCUUACUGACAUCUGACCUUCUUUUAAAACACAUUCAGGAAACAGCAUUGUUACUACUUUAAAUCAGAAUAUGAGGUUAAACAGAUUACAAAAAAAUUUAAUGUAACAUUUAAGUUUUUUGAAAUGUUUGAAACUGUCUACCUUGGAAUAAACUUUAAGGAAAUAGUCACAGGAGUUUCUAAAUUUUUUUGAAAGGAGGUACCUAACAGAAAAGAAUCUAGACUUAGUAAUGUGAACUGUGGUUAAAUUCUAAACCCAGUUAUACAGUAUUAGUCUAAAGCUUCUAAAACUGGAGUGUUAAGAAAACCCAGAGACAUUCAUAUACUUAUAGUUUCAGUAACGUAUUAGACCAGACUUUAUUUGCAAUUUGUUCAACAGAGAGAUUUUAUUUUGAUAUGAAUAUUAAGCAUAAAGUAUAGUAAGUUUUAUAUAAUUCUAUAAGUUCAUUAAACAAUAUUACGGAAUUUUCAUUAUAUUCUUUGGGAGUCUUUUUAAGCUGUUUCUACACCUCAUGUAUGAGGUGUCUACUCUUAUUUUGCAUACUAGCAUGUGACUGCCUGCCUUAGAACUAUGUAUAGGAGGGGAAAUCAAUAUUACUUUAAAUUUUUUUUAGAUUUUUUGAAAUAAAUUUUGUCAUUAGUUCUUUUUUUUUUUUUCCUUGUGAUGUUUGAGCAGUUGAGGGGAAGGGGCAAAUUCCAUAGGUUUCAACACAGAAUAGAAGGAAUAUCUGUUUACAAAUCUGUCCUGUUUUAAGAUAUGCAAAUUUUGAGCAGAAUAGAGCAGUGGAUCUCAAACUUCAGCCAGCGUCAGACUUACCUGGAGGCCUUGUUGAAGUGCAGCUUCCUGGACCCACCCCCCAGUUUCUGAUUCCAGGCUGGAGCCUGGUCAUUUGCAUUUCCAACAAGUUCCCAGGCGACACGGAUUCUGCUGGUCCAGGUACCACACAUUGAGAAUCACUGGUCUAGAGAAAGUCUGAGGGUCUUUUCAAUCACGCGUUUAUUUACUCGGUGUACAAAACUGAUCAUCUGAAACAUUUUUAUAAUUCUGAUGCCAUGAGGGGAACGCUGGUGGAGAAGGACCUCUAUGGAGUGCCGAGCCCUUCGGGCGGUGGCCACCCCCCCACCCCGGCAAUGCUCACCCCCUGCGAGGUCUGCACUGCUCUUCCUCCGCAGGGGGCAGGAGCGCUUUCAUUUCAGGGCGCGUUUGGCUUUGUGGACCCUGCGGCCUGGGCUUUGGGCUGGAAGCUGUGCAUUUGUUUGGAGAGUUUAGUGUCGGGCGCGAUGCUCCAUGUGCACGGGGUUAGGGCUGUGGACGGUCACGAGGGCGCACAUCGUUCCCCGGGGCCCUAAGUACCGGGGUCCCCUCCUGAGGUGGCAGCGACGUGGAGCGUGGAAAACAGAUGAUCCCCUUCCCCAAACGACGUAUUCCGUAGUUUUUAUGUUUGUGGGGGGUGGGGGGGGGGGUGAGGAAGGUGAGGGCAGAGGAUUUGCUUUUCAGAUUAUGUGUUUCUCAGGUUAACAAGUUAUUUUGGAUUCUCUGCCAUGCCGAGAAUGGUGUUGGGGAGCCUGAAGUUUUGUCUAUGGCAGAAAAUUGACAGUUGUCUCUGAUUACUUGCUACUUUAAAAAAAAAUCUGUGUAUGUUUGCAAAAAACAGUCUAGAGGAAUCUACCACCUACACAGCAUGAGUUAUAAACCGUAGGUGCACAUGUAUGAGCAGGUUAUUUCUGAGAAAGAAACUGCCUACAGUAUACUAAACCUGCAGGUCUUUGGACGUUUUAAAAUUCGGGUGUCGUUGUUGCUAAUAUUCCCCCUGGAGUGCAGCUGGAGGGGUAUUGGUCUCUGCCUCUGGUUUUUUGUUUGGCUUUGAAUUUACUGAGACACUAGAAGGAGAAAAAAUUAUUUUUACGGUAAUAGAUUAUAGAAUGACUUAGAUGUAGACCAUAUGAGAAGCAUCAUAGAACACAGUUUUGGAAUCCUUGAAACAGUACUUCCUCCUUGAAAGGCGAGAUGACCUUGGUGGGAUUGUUUAUUUGUUAAGCACAGGUUACUUUAUCCAGUUCCAACUCAUAGGGAGUGUCCGUUUAUGUAUGCUUUGCACGAUGUCUGGGAUGUGAAGACCUCUCUCUGUCUUUCAGUUGGUCAGAGGGCUCUUCUGUCCAGGUUGAAGUCCUGACGUGUCAGUUACACCUGAAUGUUUCUCAGCCUGCCCCCUACCCCCAUACAGAACAAGAGUCUUGGAUUUUUGUAUAUCCAAACCACGCCUACUUCCUAUGAACCCAUGUGUAUGACAUUGUACUGUAUCCGCUUUCCAUGCCAGUCAUCCCACCUGAUGUUUUGAAACCCAUGAAGGUACUGGUUAAGUGUAGUAGUUGUAUCCUAGGUAAAUCCGGUGAUUAAAAUACCUCUCCUCUAAAUUAUAAAGGUAAUGGGUUUUGCAUUUUAUUAAAGGGUUCUGUCAUUAGUGACACAGGUUUGUUUGGUUUUUUUCCUUUUUUUCCUUUUUUUUUUUUUAUGCUUCAAGAGUACAGUUCUUAUCUAACGUUGUUCAGCUAACUUCCUACAAUCAAUUACUUAGUAAGUUCAUACUGGGUCUUCUUUUGGCAAGCCUUCCAAAGGAAGGUUACAUAAAAUUGAGAGGAUCAGUUUCCAUCUCUUCAAAGUACCAGUUGUCAGCCACCUAAUAAUUUAUGGCAAAAUUAUAAUAAAAUUAUUUUUUUUUCUUUGCAGUUAAUGAUACCUCAUCUGAGAGUUCUAAUACCUAAAGAGUUUAUUCUUAAAAGUACAGAUGAUUUUGUACCAUAAAAUAACCCCAAAGCCACUCUCUAGGGUUUUUGUUUUCUUCCUUUUUUGUCGUUUUCUUUUUUAACUUGGAAUUUCUUCAGCCACUUUGGUUCCUUAGAACAAGUUUUCAAUUCGGAGGCCUGUAAUUCCUCCAUUGUGAUCAUUGUCUUGGUGAAGUUCUUUUGUUUUAAAAGAUUCAUGGUAACACAAAAUGUAUUUUACUGCUACAACUAAAAUGUAUUUAUAAU